AUGGUUGGAAGCAAGCGCACGAGGAGCAAAACCGCCAUAAUGGCUCAAUCCGUGACGGCCCAAAGAUACUUCUCCCACGAUCCCGCAAUCAACAUGGCGGCUCCACCUCUUCUCGCCGCCAUGAACACGCAGCAAACCCUAGCUGCUGCACCACAGCAGCCACCCCGUGUGACUGGAACCACCGCACCUGCCUCUACCGUCGUCGUACCAUCUCAAGGUCCCGUGGCCGGAUCUAGCCACCUUCAUAGCACCGCCACCGAGCAUGGUGGAACCUCCCAUCAAGAUGGACUCACUACCACCGCCGACUUUGGCCCAAUCUUGGAGCAACUUCAAGCAUUCCCUCCAUUGCCUCCACGCUCGACGCACUCUCCCACGUACACAUCUAAUGAAACCCUAGCCCGUGUGCAAUUGGGCUCCACACAUUUCUCUCAUCCCGAUCCAUGA